CUGGGGUGGCAGUUAGCGGGCGCGGGUCACGCGUCCAGUGGGUUCGCGCGCCAGAGCUACCCCAGCGCCAUGCCUCGCCGGAGUGCGCGCGCGCCGCGCCUCGCCUCUCUACCUACGAUACUUUUCAUCUCAACCGUGCUAUUUUCCGUCCCAGUUCCUGCUUUUCCGCAAACCAAUAAUCUAUACGUAGUUUGUAAGGAGCCUGAUUCUCUAGUCUGUUUAGCUUGGCCUAUAGAUUUGGAAGACUUAAUAGUGACAAAGGGAUUAUAUGAAUCUGAUGGCAGGGAAUGUGGCCUGAGCAAUCUAAUACCGAUACCGCCACACCGAAGAUUUAUUGUGGUGAGAUGGUUCAAUGCGACGUUAGCCAGUAGACUCUUUUGUAAAACAACGAAAGUGAAAGUAUUGCCUGUAUCGUUUGAAUUAAAUACUAAAAGAGUACGGAGGCAAUCAGGGUAUCACCCCCGAGGUCGUUACCGAGGUCAAACCCAGUCACAGUAUCUGUCUAUUGACAGAGGCAACGGCAAGGAUGAAGGCAAAGCAGAAGCGCAUUCUGCAGCUGAUUCUUCUAGAGCAGUCGUCAGUGGUAACAGCGGUAUGGGACAAGCACAGAGUCAAACAAUUUAUGAUCCAAGCUGUGAAGAUUGCCCAGAUCGCAAUAAUAUUGACGUUGCAAAUUUGGCAUACAAACCUGACCAAAAACCAUUUUCAGGAACUAAUGGAAAAUCUCCUGGGGGAUCAACAGGCGGAACAUAUGGACCUGGACAAUCUCCCGGUGGUACAUAUGCACCUGGUCAAUCUCCCGGCGGUACAUAUGCACCUGGUCAAUCUUCCGGUGGUACAUACGCACCUGGUCUAUCUCCCGGCGGUACAUAUGGACCUGGACAAUCUCCUGGCGGCACAUAUGCACCAGGACAAUUAUCUGGUGCCCCACUUGGACAAUCGGUCGGUGGCUCAAAUGGGCCAAACGAAAUUUCUGCGGGACCGGGUCAACCUUCGAGUGGUACAUAUGGGCCGAGUCAAACUCCUGGAGGAUCACAAGGAUCAGGGCAAUCUCCUGGAAGUUCCGUUGGAGGAGGUCAAUUUCCCGGCGGUGCCUAUGGGCCUAGUCAACAAGCUGGAGGAUCAUAUGGACCAGGUGGAUUGCAAGGUAAUACAUACGUCCCAGGUCGGGAACCAAGCAGUAGUUAUGCGCCAAAUCAAUUACCCAACAGUUCCUAUAGACCUGGCCAAACACCAGGAGAUCUCGAUGGGCAAGCUGGUGGAUCAAACACACCAAGCCAAACACAGCCUGGGGGAUCAAGUACAUUUGUCAAACAACCUGGCGGUGCAUACAAUAGUGGUCAAGCUCCGGGAGGAUCAUACGGGCAAGGGCAGAUACCAGGAGGCUCAUACAUUCCGGGGCAAUCAACAUAUGGUUCGAGACAGCCGCAACCAGGAUCAUUUAUUCCUGGGCAAACUGCAGGAGGAUACAUACCUGGGCAGUCGCCGAGUGGAACAAAUAGGCAAGGUCAAACAUAUUAUCCUGGCCAGUCACCUGGUGCAGCUUAUGGGUCAGGUCCGACCCCAGGAGGUUCAUAUAGUCCAGGUCAACCACCAGGAUUAUUAGGACAACUUCCACCCUCUGGUGGUACGUUUGUACCAGGAGGUUCGAAUUUACAAGGGGGUUUACCAGGCGGAUCAUACGUACAAGGUACUUUACCCGGAGGGACAGGAGGGUCUGGUCAGGGCACAUACACACCAGGUAGCACCGGAGGACCAUCGAAUUCUGGACAAACACAGGGAGGAUUUUACCCACCAAGUCAGACAGGGGGAUCAUACGGAAGCAACGCAGGGCAAAGUCCAGGUUCUAAUGGAAAUCAGUUAAACGGGCCUGGAAGCGGUGCAUACGGAGGUACUGCUAUUCAACCUGGCGCACAAGGAAUUAAUUGGCCUUUGCUAUCUAGUAUAUUGCCCGGAGCAGCCCCUGGCUCAACUUAUUUUUGCUGUGUAGUAAAUCCAGGAAACAAUGCACAAAAUGGAGUAAACCCAAGCAAUACCUACUUUGGAAUUCCAGGUGGUCAAAAUCAAUUUCCAACAUCUAAUAAAAAUAUUGGGCUAGGUCCGUAUACAGGAACAUUAGGAGAAAAUAACGUUCCAAAUAUACCAUCUCAAGGGUCUGCGGGGGCAAAUCAGGCAAAUUUUCAAAAUUCCGGUGGGCCUACAGCAAAUGGAUAUAAUGGGCAACCUCAAUUACAAAAUUUAAAUAGACCAUAUGGGCAGACAAAUAUUCCUUAUGGAAAUGUUGCAUCAAAUAAUCUACAAACUCCUAACGUACAAUACGGAUCAGGUCAAAGUGGUGUACCAUCUCUAAACGGGCCAUAUAGUACAGGACAAAAUGUCCCAAAUGGAUCACCUUCAGUUCCAGGUAAUCUUCAGUCUCAAAAUGGCCCUUAUGGCACAUCUGGUCAGAAUGUGCCGAUUGAUACCACAAAUAUUGGCCAAAAUGGGUUAGGUUCUCCUGGCCCAUAUGGAACAGUAAAUAUGGGAUCAAAUCCUUCCAUCAUACCAAGCAGAACAGGGCAAACAAAUAUACAACAUCCUGAUGGAGCAAUUGUUAAUGGAGGCACAGGGCAAAAUGUUCCGUACGCUCCUGGGACGUCAGGUCUGAACGGUACACCAAGCAUUGAUAGAAAUUAUAUAUCAGGUGGAAUAGGCAGACCAAAUGUACCAUAUGGAACAGGUAAUGGUGGACAAAAUGGAAUCGUAUCAAGCGGACCACAUGAUACAUCAAUGACAGGUCAGAAUCCUGUAUACGGACCGAGGGAUCAAGGUCAAAAUACAAUAACAUUUCCUAAUGGGCAAUAUGGAGCUGGCAACACGUUACAAACACCAAAUGGAAUGGGUGGCGGACUGCAAAAUACAGGUGUGUUAGGGAAUGGUGCUCAAAAUUUAAGUCCAACCAAUCUACAAAAUCCCAGUAAUACUUAUGGACCAGGAUAUAAUGGUCAACCUUUAGGUUUAAAUGGCCAGUAUAAUCCAGUAUCAGGACAAAAUAUACCUACCCUGGGCGGCACCUAUGGAAAUGGAAAUGGAGGACAAUUUGGGACUGAUCAAAAUAAUUUAAUGAUUCCCAAUAAUUAUGGUGGUGGUCAUCCGGGAGCACCUAAUCAACAAGGUGGGAUUAAUAAUGGCGUUGAUCAACAGAAUGUUGGACUGAUUAAUGCAAAUGGCGGUGUUCCUCAAAAUGUGCUGGACCCGAAUUCAAUAACAGUUUCAUUUGAUGAUUACGAUUCAGAAGCUCAAGCCAGUGUAUCUGAAAACGUGAAUGGAACCACUGCCUUAGCUGCUUCAAAAGGUGGUAAUAAAAAGGGUCGAGCACAAACACAAGUGGAAGGAACUUAUACUGGAAGUGGGUCUUUUUCGGCAAAUGCUGAAAUAAGCGAUGAGAACAAAGCAGCACAAAGUCAUGUUUCUGGAAGUAAAAAAGGGGCAAAUAGUAAUGCGGAAGGAAGAGGUCGUAAAAAUAAGUCACAGGCGUCUGUUCAACUUGGUUCCGAAACUGGUUCUAUAUUGACCGACUCCCAAAGUAGUGGAGACAUGCAUUCAUCUAGUUCUCAAGUUCAAGGCAGCGUUAAAGGUGGAAUGGCUGACGCUCAAGCUAAGGGACCCGGAAGCACAUCUUCUCAAGCCCAAAUAGGUUUUACUCCUUAUAAAGAAGAGGAUAAAGCAGCACAUGAUAAAUUAAAAAUACCGUUUGAAGGCGGAGGUACUGCAUCUGCUCAAACCAGUGGACGCAUGGGUACUUCGCAAUCUCAACUUAGGGGAACAUUUAAGUAUGGCAUUACUUAUAAUGGUGCUGCACAAUCUGGAUCUAGUCUUGACAAAGAUGCAGUAUUUUCUAAUCUGGUACCAUUUGAAAAAAUUGAUGUCUAUGACGAAAACAAUAAAAAUAUAAAUAUUGAAGCUUCAACAACGGAAAAGCUAAAAGAAGCAACAGAAAUUUUCACACAAAAAUAUGAGGAAACCACUACUUCUGAAACACAAACUGAUGAAGCAAAACAUAUGUCUGAUCACAGUCAUUCAGAUCAUCACAAAUUUUCUGAUCAACAAAAUUCUACCACUCGACCACCGCCAGAAGGAAAUCGAAGAUCUUUUACUCCCAGUUAUAAUGCUAAUGGGGGGGAUUACGAGUACUCAACUGACAAGGAUGAUAACCAGCAAGAAGACUAUGAUAUUGACGACGGUUUUGGCGCUGAUACUGUUGAAACAAGCCCGGAUCAAAAUGAGUAUGCAAAUUAUGACGAAUUAAAUAGAGAUACCGUAAAUACCCAUCAAUCUUUACAAAGUGCUAGUAAAAAAGGCUUAGAAGUAAAGCAAACGAAUGGUGGUAAUAUGCAACAUAUCAUUCUAGGUUCCUUGAACAACCAUGAUGCUAGAGUGGUUCAGAAGAAUUCCGAACAUCCAGACGAGUCUAAGGUAUAUCAACCAGGAGAGAAAGUACCUGGCAUGGGAGGAUAUACUAUACCUGUUGGUUUUACAGGUAGUGUCAAAUCUGUAGCUUCUAAAGAUAAAACAUACGUCGUUGGUUCUAAAUAUUCACCGUCACAAGCUCAAACGGUAACCCUCACGCCAGGUACUGGAAAAGUAAAAUAUCUUUAUCCAAAUCGUUAUGGACAUAACGUAAAUCCAAAAGACCUAAGAUCAUUAUACAACUCAAAAGCUGAUGAUAACCGUUAUGUCUCUGUUUCCAAGUCAGUGACGCGUGAUUUGGACAACGAAGACAACGUAAGAAGACAAUAUUCGCACACAUAUUACACAAAAUCAUCUUCGUGCGGAUAUUUUACUUUUACAUGCACAAUGGUUAGCAGUGCCGAGGGUAAAAAGAAAGUAUGUAAACCAAAAAUCCCUAGAAAUCCAGACGGUAGUCCUAUGAAAUGUUAAUAAUUUAGAAAAUUUUAGAGUAUUCCACUUGAAAUUUUCUUUAUAAUUGAAGCAGUAUAUAAUUAUAUCAUUCAACUAUUAUUAAUUUUAAACUGUAUUUAAAUGUGUUCUACUAAUUUUAUACAAUUCAUUAGGAGUUAACUGAAAAAUGUUUUAAAGAUAUUGAAUAAAUAUUAAGGUAUUUUAGUUUAUAAAAAAUCGAUUUAUUAUUAAAUUAUACUGAAUAUGAUCAAUUUUUAUUGUAGUUAAUUGACGAUGAAUGUUAUUGUAAUGUUAUUUCAACCUUUUUAUAUUGAUUAAUUACAAAAAGAAACACUUACCUUUAAUUAAUCAUAAUUUUAACAGGAUUCAUUGUACACUGAUAAAACAUUGUCAGUAAGUUUAGAAUUGUAAAAAUCUACAAGAAGAUAUAAAGGCAUAAGAAAUUUUCUUCUUCAAAUAAAAUUAUUAUUUACCUCGACAUCAUGAAAGCACUUUAUAAUAUUGUAUCUAGGAAUAAGUAAAAAUAAUCACAAGACUCAAACUCAGACAAAAAGCCUAGAAGUUUCAUUUUUUCACAGCUUCAUGGGACCGUAGACUUGAGUAAGUGGUUUAAACUUUAUCUCGAUACCUCCUCGCGUUCCCAAGAUGAAGGGUCUUGACAAACAGACCGACAGACAACAAAGUGAUCCUAUAAAAGUCCUCUUCCUUCUGAGCUACGGAACCCCAAAAACGUUCAAAAUUAACAAGAUAUUAUUAAUGUAAAAAACGGUAUUUUUAUUUUUACAAAAAGAUCGUUAAUUUUGUUAAUAAAACCAUAACUUUAUAUGACUUCAUACACUUUAAUGUGAAAUAAUUUGGAUAUUCUAGAUAAAUACCUACAUUUUUUAAGAGAUAAAUACACUUUUUAAUAUCUUCACAUUUUUUUAUCAUCACAUUGACGUACUUGAAAUUAUUUUAUUUUAUCCAAACAUGAAAUAUAAGUAGGGUACUUUAACAAAACAAAUUGUUUUAGAACUUAUCCGCAUGUUUUGCCACUGUAAAUAUUAUCUACCACGUUAGAUACAUAUGCUUCUUAAAACUAUGAAUUAAGUACUUAUUCAUAAACAGAUUCUCAAUAGAUCUGACUAUUCAUUACGUUGGGAAUUAUACAGCUGACAGUAUCAAUUCAUCACUUCACAGUUAUUUUAGUAGAGCAGACAAUAAAGUGUUACUUUAUAUUAAAUAAAUUCAAAUUUAUAAAUAUUCAUUUCCAAACUUUAUUUAUAUUAACAAUAAUGGCAGAUUUACACAGGGUCAGUCACUGACUCCAAAUCGGUCAGUACUGGCGUCCGCGAAGUGUACUACCGAAAGUAGAAACAAACUAGCUCCUUACAUAGAAACUGACAUGACGUUACGAAUGUUUUCUCGUUGUUUGCUCGUACUUGGGGUACUGUAGUCGGUUCGUCGGCGCUGUACAUCUCCAAAUCAAUGUACACUAUGCCAGUGUCGGCUCAGCCUUGGCUUGAUUCGAAUUGAUGUCAAUAACCGACCCCGUGUAAAUCUUACAUAAUCAAUCUAUUAUCAGCCUAAUCCAAAGAAUAAAAUUUAUACGUCUCAUAUCGUUUUAUAACGGCACAUUGAAAGGUUUUAUUGUAGAAUUCUUUUGUUUAGGUCAAUCACGAUAUAGAAAAUCCGCCUUUGGUAAAAUAUAUUUAAAAAUCCUGUGUCAAACUAAUGUUAAUUGUGCGACUAUUAUUUAGCAAAGAAAUCAAGAACCUAGAAUUUUAAUAGUUACGAAAUCAGAUCUGAAUAUUACUGACAGUGGUGGGUUGCGAUUCGAGUGUUUGUGGUUAUUUUAAAAUGAUUCUUAUCACACUGAGAAAGUUUCAUAAAAAAAAUUAAGACAAAUAAAAGUGAAAAGAAUCUUUCGUUGUGCAUCAUUAAAAGUAUGUUUUGGUUUUAAAUUUCAUUCUCUAUAGCAAUUCUAAAAGAUUUAUUUUAUACUCGCAACUACCGACUGCCUUAAUAAAAAUCCACGUUUCAUCAUCAUCAACACCAUCAUGAUCAUACUAAUUUAAAUAAAUAUAACCAGUGAUUUUGCAAAAUAUAAGUGGAAUGUAUUAAAAAAAAACAUGUUUCUAAGUAUAUAAAUAACAACAAUAAAAGAGUACUUGAAAUCUUAUCAAUACAACGUGAAUUUGGAAAACGCAAAUCCUGAAUAUAGUCUUCAUAUUAAAGAUCAAAACGAUAUAACAAUAAAAAGUUAUGCAGCAAGAUUUGGUAACAUGUCAUAAAUUAAUAAAUACCGACCAUUUUGGCAUGUUACUUUAUUUUAAGGAAAAUGGUUGGUCUUUAAUAUACUUUGUUUUUAAUUGCGCGUUUUACUACACUUUAUUUUUUCAAUUGAUUGACAGCCUUUUGGACAAAAUGGUAUGAAAUUGUAGAAAAAUGUACAAUGUCAUAAAAUAUUUUUAAUAUAAAAAGUAGUCUGGGAUGUUUUAGAUACUUCUUAUCUAAUACUAAACUUAAAGCUGCAACUAACUUUCAAUAUUAUAAUACUCCUAGGAGUAAAUGGCAAAUUAAAUAUCUAACUUAACGUAAUAUAAGUUAAAGUAACACAUUAUUAUAAAACCCUACAUGAUAUCUCAGGAAAGAUACUAUUCUUCUACUUUACUAUUCUAUAAAAAUAUAAACAUCAACAAAAUAAUAUUAAAUGGAAUGGUUAUUUGACGUUACUGUCAAGUUCUUUCAUAGUGCUAAAAAUGCUGCACUAGCAAUUUUAUCCACAUUCAAAAUAUUUAAAACGCGGUAAACUUCUGCCUGUUAUUAAGUAACACAAGAAGCGUUUCCAAAAGUAUACUUCGCAAACAAUUGUGAUAUGGCAACAAUGAGAAGAUUUUUCAGUUGCAACUAGUAAACGAGAUGCUAAUUCGAAAAAUUGCGUAGAUAAAACUUAAUUUAGACAUGACUGAUUUAUUUAAAUUGGUGGGAUUUAGUACUAUUUAUCAUAAUUAAAUGCACAUUGAAUAAAAUGAACCUGAAGAAUUUACUGAAAACGAGUGUUAAAUCGAUAAUCGAAUCGAAUCAUAUUUAGUUAAUACAUUUAACUCUGCGUGUGGCGACAAUGAAACCCAAUAGUAUUUUUCUUUUUUAAUACAGAUAUAAUUCUAUUAUGUGGUUCAUCAGAUGGUAUAAAUUAUUAUAAUCAGUUUUUAAUAAAAUAAUAUUGUUUUUUAAUCCUCUUCAGAAAACAAAUAUUUUACUACCCACUGAAGCAAUUACAUUACAAACACAAUCAAAUAGCCGAAGGAAAACAGUCACACCAAAAGCACUUUGAUUAAUGGUCAUUUAUUAAUAAACGUCACUUUUAGUGAAGAAAACAAAAAUAUACCUAAUCAGUUUUGUUCUUGUUAUGCAUUGGACAUAAUAUGUACUAGUAGAAUUUGUAGAUGUGAAUCUGAUAUUGUGUAUUAUUUCUUAAUCGUUUGUAUAACUUUAAUUUGAUUUUAUCAAAUAGAUAUUAAAAACGGGCAUUCUUCCUUUAUCCCAUUAAAAUAAUAAUAAUAAUAUAUUUCAUAAAAGUUGCGGUUCAAAUACUUAAUACGUUUUCUAUGAAUUAUAUGACAUUUCAUGUGAAACUUUUUCAUAGCCACUCAAAUAAUAUUUAGUGUUUAUAAGAUUACACACGAUUGCAUUUAUAUAUCAUUAGAAUAUGAUAUGAUAUUAUCCUUUCAACCAAUCAACUAAUUUAUAUUACAGAAUCACAUUAUAUAUAGUGUAUUAAGGUACAUACGAAUUAUAGUGAGCAGUAAUUUGAGUAUUACGAAAUAAUUAUUUCCUGCACUUUUUACACUUGUCAAAAUUUAUCACUGGGAAUGAAAAAAUAACUGGAUAUUGAAAAAUAUUACCAUAAACUAAGUACAUUAUUUUAAUUUUUUGAUAAAAUUAUAAAGAAAAUAACCUUUUGUACUAACACUUCUAGUUUCUUAAAUACCAUCGUUUUUUUUAUCAAAGUAAGUACAUGGAUCAUGGAGCACUAACUACUUAAUACAUUUACAAUAGCCCGAUCAUUAAAUUCACACAUUACUUAUUAAAUACAGCAAACACACACAAUUCAAUGAAACACACUGAAAUAUAAAUUCAACUUCAAAAUGAGAUCAAUCUUCUAAAUAACUUUAAAUUUAAAUAUUAAGUACAUUAUAAUGAGAUUCAUCGUAAAAUGGCGAGACAGUAGUACUUAACAAAUACUGAUGGGUUAAGGAACUUGGAUAUAUGAUGGCUUAAUUAAAUUGUAAUUGUUUAAAAUCACUUAAUUAAUACUUAAAUUGAAUAUUCAGCAAAUUCCACAUUUACAACACGUAUAUAACAAAUAAUUAAUUAUUACUAAAAGAGUCGAUUUGAGCUGUCUAAGUUAUAAUAUUAUAUAGUGCACUGAAAUAAUGUGAACACAACACAGAAGUUCAGCAACAUCAAAUUCGUCAAUAUUAAUCCCCCUAACAAUAAAUAGAUUAACGCACUAUUAACGCAAUGUUUUGUUUAUGUUCUCCGAAUACAAAACAGUGCGUAACUGGUACUAGAAUAUACUUUCAUUAAAUUUAAAUUAGAUUUUACCCAUAGCAAAUGUCAAAACGUCAAUGCCAAUUUGACAUUAUUGUAUAGGCUAAAUUUUAUUUUGGUUUAAUCGAAAUUUUGCAAAUGGACCUAAGAGAGUUAAGGUUUUUAAUAUUUUCAUUUCUACUACUUCCACCUUGCAAAAAAAAAUGUUACUGUGUUAAAUGAAAGAAUUUAUAAUGUACAAUGAGUAUGUAAAAACAAGUUUUUAAUAAAGCUAAGGUUGACCACAUACAUGUCAGUCUUCGUAUAAUAAAACCGUUUAAACAUGAAGAAUAGCUUAGUGCAUACUUGGGCAGUAACUCGUAAUGGGCGACUCGACGACAUAAAUGAUAACAUUACGACCUAUUCUGAUAUAAAAAUAGACAUGUUAAACAUGUCAAUGAUCACCGUGUCACACACAGACCACUUAUACAAAUUUGGCAGCGCCAGCCAAAUUACGAUUCGUCACAAAUGCUUGUACCGAGACGGUGGGUUAAAAUUUCCUUAACAAUGCCUCUGUGGCAAUUAUAGAAACUACACACGUGUAGUGUUUAAACAUACAAUUAACAAUAAAUAAGGGUACUGAGGAGAAAAUUUCACUUAAAAUGUAAACGUUUAAACUAAUAGCUGUUUCCAUAAAUUUAUGUUUAUGUUGGGUUUCACUUGAGUUGAGUUUGAUGGAGAAAUAUGAAGUUAAUAUGAGCAUAUUGUGUACAGAUUCACCUGCCUAGGAUGCGCCCCGAAGUCUUUUCAAUCGUUCUUUCUCAAGAUUGUCGACAGGUGGCUCUCUUUCAAACGACACCAGCUCCAAAGCUGAAACAAUAAUAAACUUAUUAAAUGAUGAUCUUGACUAAAAAGAUGCGUCGUAUAUUCUAUAAUGUAAGUUGCGAAAAAGCGAGUUUAAACCCAAGAAGGAAAGUAUGACUCCCAGAGCCGGGUUUAAGCCAAACGGGCUGUGGCCCAUGACCCUGUGCCUCGUUGCCCUUGGGCCACCACACCUCUAAUUCUAGCCUUGAUGACUCUCGACAACAAAUUAUCAGGAUCAUAAAUUGUAUAUAUUUGUUGUGACACUGUAUCAUUAUAGUCACUCAUUAGAGCCGCCUUAGACCGGGGGACAAUUGUCUGACUUUAACUCUUUUCACUUAUCACUUCAAAACUUAAUAAAAGUGCAUGUGACAUAACAUAUCUCUUCCCAACUAUGAAUGAAAAAACCGGAUCGCGAGGGACGAAAAUGUUACUAUUAUUAUGAAAGAUUGAUCUUUUAGUUCAGUUGGUUAGUUAUAAAAAUAUAAGUAUUUUGAUACAGAAUAGAAUGAAUGGUUGUAAAUACCACUAGCGGCCGCCCGCGACUUCUUCCGCAUUAACUUUUAGUUUUUUGUGAAUCACUCAGGAAACCAUUACUUUUUGGGGAUAAAA